AUGCCUCCUCGAAUACCUACUGCUUCGCGCCUCGGGGCCUUCAGUACAUGCUUCCGAGCAUCCCCCAACGCUCAACUCCCUAUUACCUCUGUUGCCAAUGUGACUACAAUGGCACAAAGGAGGAAAUACAAAGACCCAUACGCACUGGCCCAAGGAAAGCAGAGGAAGGACGCAAAUUUGUCACGGCAGGCAGAGCUUCAGGAGCAAAGGAAGGCAGCAUUAGGAGACCCAGUCCGAGGCAUCACCACACCAUUUCUCGAAUCGUUCGACGACGUCGGAGCAUCUCUGGCCGCCAAUGAUUCAAAAUCUACGAGAAUAAACGGCGUGGAAAUCAAGACCGCAGGCAAUGUCCUUCUCAACCAUUUCCUCACAAAAUCCGAGCUCGAAGCCUCCAUCAAGCACUCCCAAGCUUUGACCGAGCCAGUGGUGGCCAAAAUACGAGAUUUCGCAGACCCAGUGCAGGAAGCUGAGCAGAAGAGGAAGCACGAGGAUGGACAUGCCAAUGCCGUUACUGCUUUGGCUAGGAUUGUCAGUCUGACUAAUGCAAGUCAGAAGGACAAGACGAGAGCGAAUAUUGUGAGAUGCAUUGAAACCUUUGGACGACACAGGACGGAGAAAUUUUUGAAACCAAGGCCAUCACCGAACCCUUCAUCAUUGGGAGAAAAGCCGCUGCCGCAGAAGACACCUAGAGCCGGGCCUGAUACGGGGAGCUCGGAAGUCCAGGUUGCCAUCUUGACGGCGAAGAUCAGAGUUCUGGCUAACCAGCUUGAGAUGAAGGGUGGGAAGAAGGACAAGAUAAACAAAAGAAAUUUGCGCGUUAUGGUCCACAAGAGACAGAAGCAUUUGAAGUAUCUACGAACGAAGGAGCGCGGUGGCGAGCGAUGGCAGCACUUGAUCGGCACUUUGGGAUUGAGCGAGGGAACGUGGAAGGGCGAGAUUAGCUUGUAA